UGUGUUCAUUUCUUUUUCAUUUUCAAAAAAAGUCUAGAAGUUAUAAAUAGAUACGGACUCUGGCUUUCCUCCCUCAUCCUUGGUUUUGUCAUCAAGGUAGGCGCUUCUUUCUCCUCUGUUCCUUCUCUUUCGCUUUCUGAAGCGAUUUUAUCGUUUUGUUACCGAUAGAAACGGAGUUCUCUGAUUUCCAUAUUGUCAUCCUCCAUCCCUUUUUCUUUAGUAGAGGUGGUCUCGUUCGUUCCUUCCUUCGUUCACUCAUUCAAUCUGGUUUCCAUCCUAAGCAACUCUCGCAAUGGGGAAUUCCUCAUCUCUUCUUCCUCUCUUCCUCUGUUCUCUUCUCCUCUGCCUCUCUCUGUUCCAUAUUAAGCUCGCCGAUGCCUUUGGGACCGCUGAUGGAUCAGAGGAGUGGGGCUAUGUUCAAGUUCGGCCGAAAGCCCACAUGUUCUGGUGGCUUUACCGAAGUCCGCAAAGAGUCGACAGUGCUUCAAAGCCAUGGCCGACAGUACUGUGGCUGCAGGGUGGACCUGGAGGCUCGGGUGUCGGCAUCGGAAACUUCCAGGAGAUCGGACCACUGGAUACCGAUCAGAAGCCUCGGAACUCGACAUGGCUGCAGAAAGCUGAUCUCCUUUUUGUGGACAACCCGGUUGGGACUGGAUACAGUUUUGUUGAGGACAAACAAGCUUUUGUGAAGACUGAUUGGGAGGCAGCAACUGACCUGACCACCCUUCUCAAGGAGAUCUACAAUAAGAAUGAGACAUUGCAAACGAGUCCACUCUACAUUGUUGCAGAGUCUUAUGGUGGGAAGUUUGCAGUGACUCUUGGCGUAUCGGUCGCCAAAGCCAUCAAGGCUGGAGAACUGAAGCUUACAUUUGGAGGAGUUGCUUUGGGAGACACCUGGAUUUCGCCAGAAGAUUUUGUGUUGUCAUGGGGGCCUCUGCUUUUGGAUGUCUCGAGGAUUGAUUACAAUGGCGCAGACAAAUCAAACAGCUUAGCUGAAGAGAUUAGACAACAACUGGCAUCGGGGCAGUACGGGGAGGCCACGGAAACUUGGAAAUACCUCGAGGAAGUGAUUAGUUCGAGCAGUAACAGUGUUGAUUUUUAUAACUUUUUGCUGGAUUCCAAUGACGACCCUCUCUCUGCAAUGACAAUGGCAUCAUCAAAGAAAUUACAAAUAUCAGAGAAAUUAACCAUGAAGAAGAGAUACUCGAUGUAUCUAAGUUCCAAGGCUUCCUCCUCUGGUAGUCUCGAUGAUCUCAUGAAUGGUAUAAUUAGGGAGAAGCUACAAAUAAUUCCCAAGAAUGUAAGUUGGGGAGAGCAGUCCAAUGAUGUAUUUGACUCUCUGGCGAAUGAUUUUAUGAAACCCAGGAUCAGUGAGGUUGACGAGCUCCUUUUUCUGGGAGUCAAUGUCACUAUAUAUAAUGGACAGGUUGAUCUGAUUUGUGCAACCAAGGGCACCGAAGCGUGGGUUCGGAAGCUCAAAUGGGAGGGGCUGAAGAAUUUCACCAACUUGGAGCGAAAGCCUUUGUACUGCAAUAAUGAUGGAGUUACCGGGGGCUUUGUAAAGUCUUAUCGGAACUUACAUUUCUAUUGGAUCUUGGGAGCAGGACAUUUUGUACCAGUGGACCAACCUUGCAUUGCAUUAAAGAUGCUGGGUGACAUUGCUCAAUCUCCUGCAGCUUCUUCUUCGUAAAUAAGAAAUAGAGAAGGAAUCCCUUGCAAUAAAAGAACUAGUUUUUGAGUCCCUUCUCAUUAUUUCUUUUUGAUAUCAGUUAUUUUCUUUGAUAAUUGGGUAAGAUUGAAAAGGAAAUAGAAAGGAUGUGGUGUUUGCCUGGUAAUGCUUUUAUGGUGGGUGAGUAUGUGGCUGUAUAUUGCUGGGCAAAUAUAUAUAUAAAAAAAACAGAAUACAAUAAAUAGUCGGUAGAUGGUCCCUCCAUUUUGGUA